CCGAGCCUGGCAGAAGGUGCGACUCGGAUCUGCGCUCCGCCCUCGCUGCCAGUUGACCCCGCCGUGAAUCUACGAAGGCUAGAGAUGCCGCCUGGCCAUCCUCGUGUUUUGAAGUUCUAUGGCACUACGGUUUUUGACAUGGAUUCACAUAUAUUGAUUGACUCCUUGGCCUGCUGUGAGUGAUUGACGGAGAAAAGAGUCAUGGUAUCGCGUGCGGACCUGACGGGCGGUGGGGAAAGCAGGCGAGGGCGCCACGCGCAGCGUGAUGGAAGUGUUGCACUUGGAUGUUCGUACUCCGCAGUUUUUGGAGAAGGGAAGUCAGGCUCUGACAGAAGUGAUAUGGGGAAUAAAGUUCGGGGGUGCUGUUCGUGUCCAGGGACCCGGUAGUCUGCUAGGAGAAGACACCAAAGAUUGGGGGAGGAACAAACAAACGCAGGAUAGGAGAGUGCUUGAGGCGUUGCAGGGGAAGAUAUGCGUGAAGGGCGGUUUGAAGAUGAACCGGCAUAUAGGCAGAUAGGACGGCAGGCAAUGAGAUACAUGAUGCUUAGCAUCCAUCAAGCGAAUCACCCGGCCGAAAUGGAUAGCAGAAAGCUUAGUGGGAGGCAAAUGCCUCCUUGCCGUCGGACCUCUGCGGCCUGUCAGGUUGCAGGGAUUCGACGGCAACGAGGUCGCUCAUGCACGAUGGAGGCAACCAGCUGCAUACCGCCUGGACAGAUGUGCGCCAUAGACCUUCGCAGUGACUGCGCCACCAAUAGGGAGCGGCGCCGACGAUCCUCGCAGACCUGUAGAGUUCAUGUCCGCUACGAUGCCUUCAGAGAAGGUAGCACAUCCACCUAUGAGAGGGAACUCUACGAUCUCAGGCAAGCGUUAGAUCACUGGAAGCACUACUUGCUUGGGAGACACUUCAAAGUUUACUUAGACCAGGAGACAUUGAGGUGGCUGAAGACGUAGGCCAAGAUGACACCUAAGCUUACUAGGUGGGCCGCAGAAAUAGACCAGUUUGACUUCGAGCUCAAGCCAGUCAAAGGGAAGUAUAAUGUAGUUGCGGACGCUCUAAGUAGAAGAGCUGAUUACUUUGGAGCGAUAGUACACUAUCUGGAUAUAGGGAGAGACCUGCAACAAAAAGUCAAAGAGGCG